AUGGGGUUCAUUAGCAGACUGGUCUACUUCGUGUCCGUGUUGCUGCUGUUGCACGCGGCAUUCUCCAGCUUCGAAUACCAUCAAUUGAUGAAGAACGCAGCACAGGACACCGCACGGACACCCCCCGUCCCAAGAGACAUAGUCUACGAGACGUACGCCGCACUGGCGCUGUUCAUCACCGCGACAAUACUAUCCCACAACAAACUCACUUACUACAACUUGUUCACCCUCAAGAGGGUCUCACAGGACGAGUAUCUCAGGGACACCGCUUUGAGAAGGGCCACCACAGUGGAUAACAUGAUAGGGAACGACCCGGCCGCAGAGGUCACACACACGCCGAACCUCGCGGAUAUCAUGAGCAAGCGGAAAGAGGUCAUUGCGUACCUCCAGGCGGAAACACGGUAA